AGUACAUAACCUAAAAAUAAAUAACAUUAUAAUUGCUUGACAAAUUUUGCUGUUAAAAUUGUAAACAUAAACAAUUACACUUUGAUAAUUAACAACAAUAUUAUACAAGAAAAAAAGUCUAAUAAAACUAUUUAAAAAAAUAAAGAUAAAGAUAAUUUAAUAAUCAGUGAUUAUUGUAAAUAAAAACAAUGGCAGUUGUAGCAACAAAUAAUGUUUCUGGAAUUCCAGAUAAACAUUGGCAACCACCAUUUGUUACAUUUGAAACAACAAUGGGUGAAAUGGAAAUUGAACUUUAUUGGAAACAUGCACCAAUAACAUGUAGAAAUUUUGCUGAAUUAGCAAGACGUGGUUAUUACAAUGGUACAAAAUUCCACAGAAUCAUCCGUGAUUUUAUGAUUCAGGGUGGUGAUCCAACUGGUACUGGAAAAGGUGGUGUCUCAAUUUAUGGUGAAUGUUUUGAUGACGAAAUUCAUGAUGAUUUAAAGCACACAGGUGCUGGAAUUCUUUCAAUGGCAAACUCUGGUCCAGACACAAAUGGAUCACAAUUUUUUAUAACAUUGGCUCCAACACAAUGGCUCGAUGGCAAACACACAAUAUUUGGUAGAAUACAUUCAGGUAUGCAAAUUGUCAAAAGAAUUGGGCUAGUUGAAACUGAUAAAAAUGAUCGUCCAACAGAUGAUGUUAAAAUAAUAAAAGGCUCUGUACAAAAUAUUUAAAAAAAUAAAUUAAUUUAUUCAAAAUAA